AGGAAAGACGUGUCGCUCCGUGCUCGCUUCACUUAGCCUUUCGAGGGACGUAAGAAACACCAGUCUGAGAUCGUCUUAAACUAUGGAUAUAGUGUCAGUGUGCUGUGAUUUGUGAUCAGAGAGCGAUAAGAGUGUCGAAGCAAGGAUUUAGAUUCGCAACCGAGUGACUAUGUACUGAAAUCUUUUUGCUUGUGUGUGAGUGAGUAUCAGUGCGAGAUGCUGGGUCCCACAGGAAUGCCCCGCGUCGGCCACUCGGUGACCUGGUCUGACCGGGAGGUGAGCGUCUUAUCUCCGCCGGUGCCGCACAUCCUGGUCAGCUCCGAGGGCUCCGCCUUGUCACGCCUUGACCGCUACUUCGACCCUCAGCCCCCGCCGCGGCCCGCCAAGCCCGUGGGUCUGCUGCCCAAGCCCGGCCCGGGGUCCCUCGCCAAGCCCAGCCCGCAGCCGCCGCAGCCAGCCAGCGGGCCUCCGCCCCUCAUCGACGGCGCCGCCUGCAAGACGUCCACCUGGACCUACAAGCAUGUGACGUCGGCGCGCAACGCGGGCGUCUCGGACGUCGAGAAGGGCGCGCGGUUCCGGCCGGAGCGGCGCGAGCGGCGCCCCGUGCAGAAGCUGCAGUGGCGGGACAGCGCCUGGUCGCGGGGCUUCACGCCGCCCAAGGACGACUACCUGGACCUUGACACGCGCAUGACAGGCUCGUCGUCCGCCGACGGCACGCCGCGCCACGCCAUGAAGCGCAUCCUGCUCCUGACGGAGAACUACCAGUACCGCGACGCCGCCGCCUUCAUCCAGCGCCUCCCGGCCGCCACCUUCAAGGCCAUCCUGUCCGACCUGCCGAUCGACGUGCUGGUGGACGCCAUGCCGCACUCGCUGCCCAUCGUCGAGGCCCUGUACUGCAAGGUGGCCGAGACGGCGAGCGCCGCGGCGGGCUCCACGCGCAUCCUGCGCCCCGACGCCGUCGUGUGGCAGAUGGUGCGCUUCUUCGCGCAGCAGGAGGAGUGCCUCACGGGCGACAUCCGCUGGGAGUUCUGCGGCCCCUUCGUCACCUCGUGCAAGAAGGUGCUGCGCGUCAUCUCGCGCUCGGAGCCCAAGAUCCGCAAGACGCUGCAGCUGCGCAGGAAGCAGCUGGAGAAGGCCAUCGAGGGCAUGGGGCACCACGGCCUGGUGGGCACGUCGGACGAGUCCCUGCAGAGCCUGCACGACGCCCUCAAGCUGGAGUUCGAGCGGGUGGUCAGGUCGUACACGCAGGCGCUGGAGAAGCUGGAGGAGCUGAGCCUGAGCAACAGGGCGUCGGCGCAGCGCAGCAUCAGCCACGGCCCCGCCCCCGUGCAGGCGUCGCACCAGAGGCAGCUCUCCAUCACGCAGGAGGAGGUGCAGCAGCGCCUCAUCAAGAACAAGACCCUGCUGAACGUGGUCGAGCCGACGCUGGGCAACCACUCCCUCGACGUCCUCCUCGGGAUCCUCCAGCGGCGCAUCGAGUACGACAAGGAGUCCCUGUUCCAGUUCACGCAGCUGCGCAAGGAAGCCAAGGAGGUCGACGGCAACGCUGUCAUCGCCCCCAUCCUCAUGCGCUACUCUCACGGAUGCGAACAGUUCCUAAUGCUUUGGUUCCCUGAUGAUAAGAUGGGCUUUUGUGCUUUCUUGUUGCCAAACGUGCUUGCUUGUGUAGGCCCGAGUGUAUAUUUGCGUCAGUCCACGAGCCUCAGACAGCGUGUAAGACUGUCAUCCGCAGAUGUUUUGGUGGACGGUGCAAUGGUGCGGUAG